AGUCAGAAUCCCUGAGAACGAACGUGUGUGCGCGUGCGAUUGUGUGUGUGCGAUUGUGUGUGGGUGUGACAUUACCACACCUCUUCUCUUCUCUCUCUCUCCCACUCUCCUCUCUCAGUACCAGUCUUCCUUCAACCACACCAUGGCCUUCUCUGGGACAUACGAGCUGGAAAGCCAGCAGAACUACGAGGAGUUCCUGGCAGCCAUUGGGUUGCUAAAUGCUAAAACGGACCACAAGGUUGUGAGUGAGGUGAGUCAGGAGGGUCAGAAGUUCACCUGGACCCAGAAGAUCCCUAACUGGACCUGGACCAAUAUUUUCACCAUCGGACAAGAGACUGAACUGGAAACUAUGCUAGGAACCAAGUUUAGGGCCACCCCCACCAUGGAUGGGGGCAAACUUACUAUCCUGUUUCCAGAGUAUGUGUUCACAGCUGAGAUGGAUGGAGAAAAGCUGGUCAUGCAUUGUGUAACCCAAGGAGAGAAGAGCGUGACGUUCUCUAGGAUCAACAGGAGGAUAUAAAUGUCCCUCCCAGCCGUUUCCGACGGUAGCUUCUAAUGGCAAACCUGCCCGAGCGGAUCCCUGAACUCCAGAACUCAGGCGAAACUCUUCCCUUCUCACAUACACUCGACUUGAAUUUGUUUAAGCAAAAUUGAUCAAAUAAUACACAUUUACUGUAAUCAUUGCAUGAUUCCCAGGUCUAGAACUUACGGCGAAGUUAGAAACGUGACUUUUAAUAUCCAGACCAGGUUGUUUACUCUUAGCUAUUUCUCUCUUAACCCUACACUCAAGAUUGUAGCUACGGCUUCUUGCUCUUUUUCAUCGACCAAUAACAGGUCACCCCACUGUUAACUGCUAGCUACUGGAAGUUGUUGACUGGACUUAAAUAUGCAGAAGUAAUUAGGUUCAUGAAAAAUAUGUUAACAGACGGAUUGUAUAAUGAACCAACUUUGUAUCAUGAAUAAAUGUCCUAUUCAUUUA